AUGAGAACCGUGGCGGUGCUUUUUAAUCGGGAUUUCUUUGUUGGAUCAGCGGCAACGCGGUCGCGCAGAACGCGUCACCGCAAUGCCGAGCAGCAAAACCGAUGCCGCGAACGCGCUGACCGCUCAGGCGACUGCGCCCUGCCAUCCCGCCCGGAGAUACCCGCUUCGACCGACUUGCGCCUGUCACUUGGCGAGACGCUCGCGUCUGCCGGGCGUGUCGGCGACCUCCUUCGGCCCUUCGGGUCCCGGCCCAUCCUGCGCGGUUUUCCGGGCGAGCGCAUCCGCGUGCUGACGGACGGUAUUGGCGCGAUCGACCUGUCCAAUACCUCCGUCGAUCAUGGUGGUCAUCGACCCGCUCUGGCCGAGCGCAUUGAGGUGCUGCGCGGGCCAUCGGCGCUGCUGUUCGGCCCGUCUGCGGUGGGCGGUGUGGUGAACGACGAUACGCGCAUUCCGCGGACCCGGCCCGAGAACGGCUAUCGGCUGAAUGGCAUCGCCACCACGGCUCGGCUGCGAACGAGCGUUCGAUCGCCGGCGCUGCUGACGUGGCGCCGACGACCUCAGGAUCGGCGGCUACGCGCUAUCGCCAGCGGCACGCGCUGCCGCGCUGUCGCAAGUCGGCGUGCUGCAAGACGCACCGUGCGAGGACCUGAUCGACUUCGCGGCCUCCGCUGCCAUCCGAGGCAAGCCCCAACACCGCCGCCGAGACUGACGGACGCGUCGCGCGUCGAUCAUCACCGACACGGGCCAACUUGGCGUGAGCUACAGCCGUUACGACAGCCUUUACGGCGUGCCGAUCCGCUAUGCGACCGAAGUGGGUCAGGCGCAGGAGUCACCCUGCCUGAUGUCAAGGCAGGACCGAGUCGACUUGCGCGGCGAGGUCGAGACCGGGGGCGGAUUUCUUUGACCGCAUCCGCAUCCGCGCUGGCUGCCAGCUACCGCCAUUUCGAGCUGAAACCGUCCGGCGAGAUCGGCACGGCGUUCUUCAGCAGGGGCACCGAGGGCGACUGGAAUUCCUUCCAGGCAGAUCAGCGGGGAUGCAGUAUAAUGCGGGGCUGUUCCAUGCUGCGGCCGGCGCUCGUUACGAGUGGAGCGACCAGACCGCCAAGACUUUUUGGCAGUGACCCGAGAUUUUGGCGGGAAGCGCACCUUUGGCGCGUUUUCCGCCUCGCUGGGGUUGGUUACGGCGUCACCGACGCGAUCCGCAUCGGCCUGAACGGCCCCUACACCGAGCGCGCUCCGUCAGCCGAAGAGCUGUUCGCGAACGGGCCUCAUGCCGGCACGCAAGCCUAUGAGCUGGGAAAUCCGGACUCGGCUGGAACGGGCUACGGGAUUGAGGCGACGCUUCACGUUCACGGCGAGCGCGUCAGCUUCGACGCAUCCGCCUAUUACAACCGCUUCAACAACUAUAUCUCGGCAGCAGGUCGACCAAGGCGUAUUACCAGCAAGCAGGUGCCAGCUAUUGGGGCUUCGAAGGCGAUUUGUCGGCUGUUGUUCGAGGUGGGCGGCACGCGCAUCAACGCCGACCUGCUCGGUGAUUAUGUCCGGGCCACCAUCAUCGACCGCGCCCCGUGCCGCGCAUCCCGCCGCUUCGUCUACUGGCGGUCUGGCGGCGCAAGGCGACAAGUUCACCGCGCGGGCCGAGGUGGAGCGCGCGUUCAAGCAGGACCGUAUCGCCGACUUCGAGACCCCCACGCCCGGCUACACCUUGGUAAACGCCAGUGA